GCAGCAUUCUGACCUGCACGACGUCCUUAACGUCCUCUUAGGAAGAAUUACAAAGCCUGUUUUCACUUUUCCACUCACACUGCCGAGAGGACACACUUGUAAUGGGAAACCUCGGAGGAGCAUCGAAAGAUAUACCGGAUGAACGAACAGGAUUAACUCGUCGAGAAAUCGCAGUCAUUCGUGACACUUGGGCCUACUUCUGCAGAGACUUGCCCGGGAACAGCCUCGCCAUAUUCUACACUUUCUUCAAGAGACACCCAGAUUACAUCAAAACAUUUUCGCUUCCCGAGGAGGAGGCAUCAUUCGAGAAGAUUUUCAAGGGCACAUUCCUGACAUCCCAUGCUAUAGCUGUCGCGUACCAACUCUGUGCUACUGUGGACGUGCUCGAAGACACUGACCUGCUCGUGGCCCUGGUGCGAAAGAACGCCCAUAAUCACAUUCACAAGCGCGGCGUAGAGCUGGUGCAGUUUCAGAAUAUGUACAUUGUUAUUCGCGAUGUCUUGUACGAAAAACUGGACCGCAAAAGGACUCCCAAAGCGAUGCAAGCGUGGGACAAGAUGCUGACGUUUCAAGCCAAUGUCACCAGGACUAUCUUCAACGAAGAACGACCAAGUUCUGCAGAAGACAGCCCAGAAGGAUGUCCUACAACGGCAUUUCCACAACCAGCAGAAAUUUCACAAGGUGUUCGCACAAGUGCCGGGGAAACGGCAAUGAAGUAGCUAUCAUACUAUAUUGCGCUAUCAAUACAACGUGGUCCUUGGUUUCCUAGUGAGCACCAAUACCCCCCCUCCCCCGCAAUAUGUUAUAUAGUGACAUAUUGUGCUGCUUCGUAGCGUUGUAAAUAAUGUGAAAAUUUUAUAAUUUUAUUGAAUUUCAGUUGUGGAAUUAUACUGGUUUGUAUAGGCACAUUUCAUUUUUGAGUUACAUGUGCGGAAAGUCGCCGCAAAAGUAGAAGCUAGAAGAAAAGAUAAAAGAUUAUCAAGAGAUAAGCAUGGUCUCGCACUGAAGAAAUAUGUUUGUCGCAGUGACAUUCUAAAAUUUUCGUUCAGUCCAAGAACCAUACAUGACUGGAACAGCAUUCCGGAGGAUGUUGUCACUGUUGAGCAUAUGCCUAGAUUUUUGCAAGUAUUGAAUACCUGUUAUCCAGCU